AUGCUGGCAUGGCAGGACGGCGGGGCCAAGGCGGCUCCCUCCCACCACAAGAUCUCCUUCUCUGUCCUGGACAUCCUGGACCCGCAGAAAUUCACCCGCGCUGCGCUCCCGGCCGUGCGCCCUGCUCCCCGGGAAGCCAAGAAAAGUUUGGCAGAGGCCGACGCGGGGAAGGACGCCAGCCCAGGGGACUCAGCUCGGCAGCGGGAGCCCUCGGAUGCUGCGGACCGCGGCGCGGGCGCGGCGUCCCCCUUGGAAGGCUCGGAGGCCGAGGAGGCGGAGGACGAGGACGAGGAAGCCGAGGACGCGGGCGCGCGGCGGCCGCACGGGCGGGCUGAGCGCCUGCAGGCGGCCCCGGCGCGCUCCCCCGAGCCCCGGGCGGCGGCGCUGGCGGCGGCGGAGCGCGGCCCCCGCGGGCUCGCGGGCUCCCCGGGCUCGCCCGGCUCCCCGCGGCCCCGGCGGCGGCGCGCCGAGCCCCGCUGCGCCAAGCCGAGGCGCGCGCGCACCGCCUUCACCUACGAGCAGCUGGUGGCCCUGGAGAACAAGUUCCGGGCCACGCGCUACCUGUCGGUGUGCGAGCGCCUGAACCUCGCGCUGUCGCUCAGCCUCACCGAGACGCAGGUCAAAAUCUGGUUCCAGAACCGGAGGACCAAGUGGAAGAAGCAGAACCCGGGCGCCGACGGGGCGGCGCAGGCGGGGAGCGGCGCGCCCCAGCCCGGGGCGCCGGGGCCGGCGGCGGGCGCGGGCGGCGGCGGCGGCGGCGGCGGCGGCGCGGGGGGCAGCCCGGGAGCGCCGGGCCCCGCCGCGCUGCCCUUCCAGACUUUCCCCUCCUACUCGGCGGCCAACGUCCUCUUUCCGGCCGCCAGCUCCUUCCCGCCGCCGGCCGCAGCCGCCGGGGGCCCCUUUGCAUCCUUCCUCGGGCCCUCCUACCUGAGCCCUUUCUACGCCCCGCACCUGUGAGCCCGGCGCCUCUCGGGCCUCUCGGGGCCCACCGGGUCGGAACUCACGAGUGACUGGCGUGGUCGGCGGCUCCCGGUUCCACCGC